AUGUCUGUAAUCUUGAUUUCCAUUUCGUCUCUUUUACUGAUUUUCUUUUUAAUUUUAUGGCCUUUCAAACCCAAUAAUUCUUCAUUUCCAAAUUCGAAGUCUGUGAGCUUAGAUUCCAUUAAUUCCUCGGAUGAAGCAGAUCCUCUAUUUGUACCGGAAUUACCGCGAUUUGCGUACUUCAUUUCGGGUACAAGAGGCGAUGGCGGGAGGCUGAGGCGGCUCCUUCAGGCGUUGUACCAUCCCCGCAAUUAUUAUUUAAUUCACCUCGAUUUGGAUGCCACUGACAGAGAAAGGCUUGAGCUUGCAAAGUAUGUGAAGUUUGAGCCAGUAAUGAGGGAGAUUGGGAAUGUAAUGGUGAUAGGGAAGGCUAAUUUGGUGACUGACAAAGGUCCCACGAUGAUUGCGUCAACGCUCCAUGCUGUUGCGAUUCUGUUGAAGCAGGCCAAGCGCUGGGACUGGUUCAUUAAUCUUGGCGCUUCUGAUUAUCCACUAAUUCCGCAGGAUGAUAUCCUGCAUAUCUUCUCAUACUUGCCUCGAGAUCUGAAUUUCCUGGAGCAUACAAGUGACAUUGGUUGGAAAGAACAACAACGAGCUAGGCCUAUUAUCAUAGAUCCUGGCUUAUAUCACUCAAAAAAAUCUGGUGUAUUUUGGGCCAAAGAGAAAAGAUCCGUGCCUGUUUCUUUCAAGCUAUUUACAGGAUCUGCAUGGAUGGUUCUUACAAGAUCAUUUCUCGAGUUCUGUAUUUGGGGAUGGGAUAAUCUCCCACGCACUCUUCUCAUGUACUAUACAAAUUUCCUGGCAUCCCCAGAAGGCUACUUUCACACUGUUGCAUGUAACCACAAGGACUAUCAAAACACUAUAGUGAACCAUGAUUUGCAUUUUAUGAAAUGGGAUGAUCCUCCAAAGGAACUGCCAAUCAAUUUGACAAAGGAACAUUUUGACGAAAUGAUCCAGAGUGGAGCCCUUUUUGCUCAUAAGAUCGCAAAGGACGACCCUGUCCUUGAUAAAAUUGAUAAGGAAGUCUUGAGAAGAUCUGAUGGCCGAUUGACACCAGGAGCAUAUCUUGAUCCAUCCAACUGGCAGCAGCAACAAAAUCAUCAAAUUGGAGGUAGCAGCACAAACCCUUUGCUUCCACCAUCUGCUUCACAGCCUGUGCCCCCACCUCCACCACCCCCGCAGCCUCAUGCCGGUGGUGGCACAGGAUCAGUCCGUCCGGGCUCCAUGUCUGAGAGAGCCCGGUUAGCUAACAUACCGAUGCCUGAGGUCGCCAUGAAAUGCCCUCGAUGCGAAUCAACGAACACUAAGUUCUGCUAUUUCAACAACUAUAGUCUCUCCCAGCCAAGACACUUUUGUAAGACCUGCAGAAGGUACUGGACUAGAGGUGGCGCUCUUAGAAACGUUCCAGUGGGAGGUGGCUGCAGGAGAAAUAAAAGAAGUAAAUCUAGUAGUUCAAAGUCUCCUGCGAGUAGUGAUAGGCAAACCACCUCCAGCUCCACCAGUACUGUUUCCCCUAACAGUGGAGCGGCGCCUAAUAUAUUCGGCCUCAAUCCCCAACUUCCACCUCUACGAUUUAUGUCUCCUUUGAGUCAACUUACUGAUAACUAUACUAGCGGUGAUAUUAACCUAAACUACAGUGGAAUCUCUGCUCCCAUGGUAGGGACAAGUGAGUUGAACUUUCCUGUAGGAAACAGUCUACUUGGUGGCGCCGGCGGCAGUAUUGGUGGAGGGAUGGCUUCCCUUCUAUCAAGUGGCGGUGGAGUUGAGCAGUGGAGGUUGCAUCAACUACAGCAAUUCCCUUUCUUGAGUGGUUUGGACCCAUCACCGGCUGGACUUUACCAAUUUCAAGGUGGUGUCGAGCAAUCAGGCUUUGUUGGUGAAACUAGUCAGAUGAGGCCUAAAUUUUCAAGUUCAAUUCUAACUCAGAUGGCAUCAGUAAAAAUGGAAGACAACCCAGAGUUGAAUUUGUCAAGGCAAUUACUGGGGAUGCCAGCAAAUGAUCAGUGGAAUGGUGCUGCUAAUUGGACAGAUCUUUCUAGUUUUAGCUCUUCUUCCACAAGCAACCCCUUAUAG